AUGUCUGUUGUGAAGAGUCUCUGUCUCAAAAGGGCGUCGAGCUCUAUAUCCAUGAAGAAGCCUCCUUUCUACACAGUUUUCCCGCAGAAGAAGCUAGUAAACCGUAUAUUGUUUGAAUUGGACAGCAAAUUGACGUUGCCAAAACUAUACCCAGUUUACGAGUCUAUUUACUGUUCACUGGGGAAAAAUGAGCCAGAGUUCUUGAUUCCCACUUCUUUUAGAGCUUCUGAUGUUAUGAUAAUGAAAAAAGUAUUGGAAAAGCUGCGACAUCGCACCAAAAGUGUCAAUAGGAACCUCGUAGAUUUGGAGAACGAGCUUCUGGAAAAGGCAGCCGAAAUGGGCGACAGUGAUGCUAUUGCAGUAUUGUCAUUUAAGGUUUUGAAAGCCCCAGAUAAGAAUUCUUCAGAGGACAUCACACACGCCAAAAAGCUCAUUAAAGAAUUGUACCAACUUCGUCAUGCGCUAACCAUUAAACUCACAGGAGAUUUUGCAUUCAAGAACAUGGACUUCGAUAAUGCCGGGAUUUAUUACAAUCAGUUUUUAGCCAUCGAGAGAGACACUUAUCGAGCCGGUGAGGUUUACGGGAAGCUGGGGAUCAUAAGCUUCAAGAAACCAAACUUGAUUGAGGCUGAGCGAUGCUUAUUGGCGAGCAUACGCCUUUGUCCCCUGGAAAGUAUUGUGCAAUCUUAUUAUCAUUUGGCGCAAAUUUAUAUGGACUCAGAGCCACUGAAAGCCAGAGCAUUAAUGGAAAGCGCAGCCAGUGAGGGAUUCAAGGAGUCCUUCCGACUACUAGGGUUUCUUGAAAUGAACUACUUCAAGAACUAUAAUAAAUCGCUUGAGUGGUUCAAGCUCGGAAUGGAACUGUAUGAUGUGGAGUGUUUUAUAGGCUAUUUUGACUGUUGUGUGAAGUUACAAGCGUGGAGAAAAGCCGGAAAUUGCUUGAAAAGCAUGCAAAACCUUUCAAGAGCUAGUAUGUCUGCCGAAACAGCGGUCCAAAGUUUUCUGAGCUCGCGCAAAGCUCAUAUUCAAAAGCUUGAGACGUACUCAAACGCAGUUGUGUCUCCCCACAAGCUAGCAGACGUGGCCAGCGUUAAAGAUGGAGAACUUCAAAGAGAGAAUAGGUGGAAGUUAUGA